GCUGCCUCUCUCACACUCACAGUUCGAGUAGGAAAAUGGCAGCUUCUCCUGCUCACCUCUCGCACCUCUGCAAACCUCCUCCGCCUUCACCUUCACCUUCAUUAUCACCCCACAUCCUCUCAACCCUCCCCAGGGCCCGCUCCGUUCCUUACAGUCCGAACCGACCCGACAAUUCGCGGUUCAAAUGCUUGGCCGGGCAGACCGGGUUCUUCACGCGGCUCGGGCGCUUGAUCAAGGAGAAGGCCCAGAGUGACGUGGAGAAGGUAUUCUCAGGCUUCUCGAAAACCCGUGACAAUCUCGCCGUCAUUGACGAGCUCCUCCUCUACUGGAACCUCGCCGACACCGAUAAAGUCCUCGACGAACUCGAAGAGGCUCUACUGGUGUCUGACUUCGGACCAAAGAUCACCAUUAAGAUCGUGGAGAGGUUGCGGGAGGAUAUAUUGGCAGGGAAGCUUAAGUCAGGGAAUGAGAUUAAGGAUGCGUUGAAGAAGAGUGUGUUGGAAUUGAUAACUACGAGGGGUAGUAAAACCGAGCUUCAGCUUGGAUUCAGGAAACCCGCUGUGAUUAUGAUUGUGGGUGUCAAUGGAGGUGGCAAGACAACAUCACUUGGAAAACUGGCCUAUAGACUGAAAAAUGAAGGGGCCAAGAUAUUGAUGGCAGCGGGAGAUACUUUUAGAGCAGCUGCUAGUGAUCAGCUCGAGAUAUGGGCUGAGAGGACUGGGUGCGAGAUUGUUGUGUCUGAAAGGGAUAAGGCGAAAGCAUCAUCAGUUCUUUCACAAGCUGUGAAAAGAGGGAAGGAACAAGAUUUCGAUGUAGUGUUAUGUGACACGUCUGGACGUCUACACACUAAUUACAGCCUGAUGGAAGAGUUGAUUGCAUGUAAAAAAGCUGUGGGCAAAGUUGUUUCAGGUGCACCAAAUGAGAUCCUGCUAGUUUUGGAUGGGACCACAGGUUUGAAUAUGCUACCACAAGCAAGAGAGUUCAAUGAAAUCGUUGGAAUAACUGGUUUGAUUUUGACAAAACUUGAUGGUUCUGCCAGAGGUGGCUGCGUGGUCAGUGUGGUUGAUGAGCUUGGCAUCCCUGUGAAGUUUGUGGGUGUUGGAGAGGGUGUUGAAGACCUUCAACCCUUUGAUGCAGAGGCCUUCGUUAAUGCCAUAUUUUCAUAAAGCCUAAGAAGUGGGGUCUGCCUUACAUUCAGCAGAACUUCCUACCAUACUAGCAGCUACUGCUAGGGUGAAAGCAAGCAAACCAAUAAAAUAGUGCCGGAAGUGAAGAGGUUAGUUAAACCAUGAGGUUACUCAGUGUGGUUGCAAAGAAUACAUUCUUACACAAGACGUGAAGAAAGUGCCGAGACCCUGUGCACAAUUGUUUCCUGCUUUUAGUGGCCGACAGUGAUGACAAUUGGGUGAGAGAGAAUCUCCAAUUGGAUGUUAAUUUUACUCUCUUUUUUUGGGGGUGUGUUUUAGCCAUAAGAAUUAAGAUAAGCAGCUUGUUUAACUCAUUUAUUUCAAUGUAAAAAGGGUAUAAAUGGUACUGGCGAUGAAGUGAAACUAAUGCGGCAUUGUUUCUUUGCGGUUCUAA